AUGAAGAGCCCGGCCGUGAUGGGCGUCCUCUGCACCGACUCGCAGGGGCUCAACCUGGGCUGCCGAGGAACCCUCUCCGAUGAGCACGCCGGUGUCAUCUCCGUCCUGGCCCAGCAGGCAGCCAAGCUCACCUCCGACCCGACCGAUACGCCCGUGGUGUGCCUGGAGUCAGACAGCGGGAACAUCAUGAUCCAGAAGCACGACAGCAUCACCGUGGCAGUGCACAAGCUGGCAUCCUGA